UGGUUUGGGAUCCUGUGAUAUGGUGAGAGGCUAUUGCUACAGGAUCAGUCACAAGGUGGCCAGGAUGAAAAUGGAAGAGCAAGAGUUGGCAAGCUCCAGGCUGAAGGGAAAAUUCGAAGGAGCAGGAAAAUCUCAUGUCCACCAGGCUGGGAGUAUCCAGGAAUUCCUGCAGAGGAGACCGGGGGAACAUAUUAAACGUGAACAGGAUGAGAGACAGUUUCAGCAAUGGGAAGACCAGUUGCAGGAUUUUCUGAAGACCGUGGAGUCCCCUCAGUCAGGCUGGGGAGCCCCACUGACACCAGAGGAGACCUCUCCCUGGGAUGACACCAAGGCCUUUCUGGCUUCCUUCGAAGAAGUGGCCGAAGCCUGCCGGUGGCCCAGAGAAGAGUGGGUGACCCGACUCCUGCCAGCCCUCAGCGGAGAAGCUGAGCAGGCCUUUAGCAGGCUAGAUCCCAGAGACAGAGAGGAUUAUGGGAAAGUGAAGGCUGCCCUUUUACGAGGGGAUGCCAUGAGGAGAGAAAGGAUGCGCCAAUAUUUCAGGUGUUUCCGCUACCAGGAGGCCGAGGGGCCGAGAGGGGCUUACAGCCGGCUCUGGGAACUUUGUCACGGUUGGCUGAGGGUAGAGAAACACACCAAGGAGCAGAUCUUGGAGCUGCUGGUCCUGGAACAGCUUCUGACCAUCUUACCCCAGGAAAUGCAGAGCUGGGUGAGGGAACGAGGGCCGGAGACCGGUGUUCAGGCGGUGGCCCUGGCUGAGGACUUUCUGCUGAAGCAGCAAGAGCAGGAAUAA